GCUAAAGAAAUUUACAUGUAACUCAAAAAAAAAGAAAAAGUUGAAGGACUUUCACUUUUGGGAAGACGAUAAAUACUGGUGUCCAGCACUUCAAUUUUGAAUAAUCCAUCACUCCUUUGUUUGCUGAAUUGUGUUCAUCUUUAAGAAAAUGGCAAGCUUAAUAAGGUUUUCCCAAAUCCUCUGCCUUUCCUUCAUGUUGUUACGGUUUCGAGUCCAAAGCGCCUCACCUUCUCAAUCUUCUCCCCAUUCAUCACCACAUUUGUGCCGUCCUGAAGAGCGUUCUGCAUUGCUUGAUUUCAAAAGCACUACUCAUUUGGAGAGAUUCUGUUUUGAUGAUUAUGCUACUCCUCGUCCUAUAAUACAAACUUGGAACGAGAGUAAAGACUGCUGCUUGUGGGAGGGCAUCACAUGCGACAAGGUGAAAGGUCACGUGAUUGGCCUUGAUCUUAGCGGGAAUUGUCUUAAAGCCAAUCUAACUGCAAAUAGUAGUCUCUUCCGCCUUGAGAAAUUGCAGAGUCUCAACCUUUUUGUCAAUUAUUUUCAUUAUCCUAACAUCUCAUUUGGGUUCGACCGUUGGAAGAGUUUGACAUAUCUUAAUCUUUCAAGUUCAGGGUACAUGUAUGGCUCUCUGUUGUUUGAUGAGAUCUUCUUGCUACCGAAAUUGGUUUCACUCGAUCUCUCUGGUAAUGAUGGUUUGCUUCCUGACAACAUAAAGUUUCAAAUGCUUAUGCAUAAUUUAACAGAAUUAAGGUUUCUUAUCCUUGAUUUUGUGAAUAUGUCUCUGGUUGUGCCUUCUUCCUUGCUAAACUUGACUUCUUCCUUGGAGCAUUUGAGCCUUAGCUCUUGUUCUUUGCAAGGAAACUUUCCAAACCAAGUUUUUCAGCUUCCAUCUCUUCGGCUUCUUGAUUUAAGCGAAAACUCUCAAUUAGGGGGUAAUUUGCCCGAGUCAAACCAGAGUAGUACCCUUGGGUAUUUGUGUCUUUCAUACACAACCUUCUCAGGAGUGUUGCCUCAUUCAAUUGGAAAUCUUAAAUUCCUAAAGGAAUUGAACCUCUAUCAGUGCCAAUUUUAUGGAUCAAUUCCUAGAUCUCUUGCAAAUCUUACAGAGAUAACUCAACUAGAGUUUUCUUCCAACCAUUUGCGAGGGCAAAUACCAGAUAUUUUUGGAAAAAUGCACAAGCUAACUUAUUUGAGCUUAGAUGCAAACAAUUUUGGUGGUGAAAUUCCUGCAUCAAUCUUCAACUUAACCAAUCUUACUGAUUUGACACUGUCAUCAAAUAAGCUAAUAGGGCCUCUUCCUCACAAUAUAAGUGGACUCUCAUUUUUAUAUCAGUUUCAAAUGGAUAAUAAUUUCAUCACAGGUCGAGUACCAUCUUGGUUGUUUUCUCUGCCUUCUUUAUACCAUUUAGGGCUCCAAAACAACAAACUUACCGGGCCUAUUGAUCAUGUUGAGAUGCCCAAUCUCAUUUUACGAGAAGUCCAUUUGUCCAAUAAUGAGAUAAGCAGUUCAAUUCCUAUCUCCUUCUUUGAUCUUGUAAAUCUUGCUAGUGUCGACCUUUCUUCAAAUAACUUAACCGGCACCAUUACACCCGACAUGCUUUCAAAGCUUGUAGUCCUUGGGGAUCUUGAUCUUUCCAAUAAUAGUUUGCUGUCCUUCAACAAUAAUGGCACUGCUAUCAACUAUUCCUUUCCGAACCUCAUGGUUUUAAAAUUCUCUUCUUGCAACAUACACAAGUUCCCCAGUUUCUUAAGGAAGGCAGAGAAAUUGCAAGAAUUGGAUAUUUCCAAGAACAAGAUUUCUGGUCAAAUUCACAAAUGGGAAAUAGAAGGAAUGUCAUUGGGUGCAUUAAACCUUUCUUAUAACUUCUUGACUGGUAUAGAUUUAUUUGCUUUUGGAAAUCUUGCACUUGUUGACCUCAGAUCGAACUUACUACAAGGGUCACUUCCCAUUCUAUCAACAGGUUGGGAUUCUAUGCUACAACUUCUCAUUUCAGGGAAUAAUUUUAUCGGUGAAAUCCCUUCUUCUUAUUGUAAUUUUACUUCUCUUGAAGUUCUAGCCUUAGCUAAUAAUAGGUUGGGAGGAAAAAUUCCAGAAUGUCUUGGAAACUUGAGUUAUCUCAACAUCUUGGAUCUGCGGAUGAAUAAGUUCCAUGGUAGGAUUCCAAAUUCAUUUGUCAACAACAAUUUCUUGUUAACUCUCAGCCUAAAUGGCAACCAGUUAGAAGGGAUACUGCCACGGUCUUUAGUUAAUUGCAGUAAUUUGGAAAUUCUAGAUGUGGGGAACAACAACUUGAAUGAUACUUUUCCACAUUGGUUAGGUGUUCUUCCAUCGCUAAAAGUUCUCAUCGUUCGAUCCAAUCGAUUUCAUGGUGCCAUCAACAAUUCUAUGCCUGCAUUUUACUUCCCUAAGUUGAUAAUCAUUGAUGUCGCACAAAAUGAUUUUGUGGGUCUCCUACCGAGUAACUUUUUCAAAAUUUUGAAAGGUAUGAGAGAUAUAGCUCUAGCUGAUAAAGGCAUAUUGGUAUACAUUGGUGAUCGUAAUUCUUAUUAUGAGGAUUCUGUGAAGGUAGUAAUGAAAGGGUUUGAGGUGGAGCUUGUAAGGAUUUUGGAAAUUUUCACAACUAUAGAUUUCUCGAGCAAUCAAUUUCAUGGACAGAUUCCUGACGAGCUAGGAGAACUCAAUUCACUUUUAUUGCUAAACUUAUCUCACAAUAGUCUGAAUGGUCAAAUCCCAUCAUCAUUGGGGAAAUUAGCAGAACUCGAGUCAUUAGAUCUCUCAUCAAACAAGCUUGAAGGCAGGAUUCCAGAGCAAUUGACAAAGCUGACAUUCCUAUCAGUUUUGAAUCUUUCACAUAAUGAACUAGUGGGCCACAUACCUGAAGGGAAGCAGUUCAAUACUUUCUCAAAUGAUUCCUACAUUGGGAACUCUGGGUUGUGUGGAUUCCCAUUGACAAAAAAAUGCAAAGAACCAAGACCACCUUCACCACAAUUUGAUGAAGAAGAUGACUCUACAGCAGUCUUUGAGUGGAAGUUUGCAUUGGCAGGCUAUGGGUGUGGACUGGUGUUGGGACUUAGUCUGGGAUACAUUGCCUUCACUACAGGAAAACCAUGGUGGCUAGUGAAGAAAGUGGAGAAAUAUCAACAGAAAUUAGUUGGAAGGUGCAACCGAAGUCAUAAGCACAGAAAAAUCCAAAAACACAACCAACACUCUUAAGUGCAAGCAGGUACCGUUGAUUUCCUACUCCGGGUAGAUCAGGCAACAGUUUGCUUCUCGAGUUUGUUUCCAUCAUUUUCAUGUUCAUUGUUGAUAUAUAGUUGUAUUGACUUGUGUGGGAAUUAUGGUUAUGUAUGAAUUUGUGUUGAUUUCUUUUGGAUUUGAUCUAUCUGCUCUGCACGCAGUUCUCGUGUAUUUUGUUACUGUAAUUUGAUCCUUCUGUGAUUUUUGCCGAUCAAUCUCUUCAUAUCAUAUUUUAUCCUCUUCUUUUGGCUUGUUUGCCUUUGAACGGUGCGUUUCACUGAAUAAAAGUGAAAAUUUCUU